AUGGCUUCAUUACUGAGAGUUUCAUCGGCGGCGAGAAGGGUUUUGUCAGUUCUGAGUAGCUCUCAGUCUCAGAGUUGCUGGCUAAGUAACCAAGCAGAGUCACUUGCUACCUCUCUCGCAUCUUCUGACAAAACCCACUUGAUUCUGGAAUGGAAAUUGGAGAAGUUGCUGGAGGAGAAUGAGAGAAAUCAUGAUAGGUACUCUGAGCUGAUAUCUCUAUGUGGAAAAGUUAGGAACCUCCCACUUGCAAUGCAAGUGUUUUCUUCCAUGGAGGCUAAUGGAGUUCAACCCACUGCUGCUGUUUUCAAUUCCCUUAUACAUGUUUGCUUCUCUUCUGGGAAUUUGUUCACUGCUAUAAGCUUGUUUGAGAUUAUGGAGAGCUCAGAGGGAUUUAAACCCAAUUCCGAUACUUAUGAUGCGUACAUUUCUGCUUUCUUGAAGUCGGGUAAAUUUGAUUCGAUGCAAGCUUGGUACUCUGCCAAGAAAGCUGCUGGCUUGAAUUCUAAUAUUGAAACCUAUCAGUCUCUGAUUUCGGGUUGUGUCAAGUUGAGGAAUUACGAACUUGGUGAUAUGUUCUAUAAAGAAAUGGUGUUAUCAGGAAUCAUGCCAAACUUGCCCAUAUUGGAGUGUAUGCUGGAAGGGCUUUGUAAGAGGAGAAGCUCUGGCCAAGUGAAGGAGUUCUUGGCGAUGGUGCGUGGUUAUGGGUGGAAGGUUAGUGAAAAAAUGGCUGAGAUGGUUGUGGGGUUGCAUACUGAACUUGGGAUGGUGGAGCGAUUGGAGGAGCUACUCGAGACUUUGAUGGAGAGUGAUCAAAGUUCGGAAACUUUGUUGCCGGUGCACUGUGGGAUUGUAAGGAUGUAUGCCGUGAUGGAUAGAUUGGAUGAUGUAGAGUACUCUGUGGGGAGAAUGUUGAAACAAGGAUUGUCAUUUAGACAUGAGGAGGAUGUAGAAAAGGUGAUCUGCUCCUACUUCAGGCUUUCCGAAUACGAUAGGCUGGAGUUGUUCUGGGAAUGCAUCAAGGGUUCUUAUGUGCUUACAAGUUCAACCAUUGAUUUGCUGGUUGCUGGGUAUAAAAGAGCAGGGUUAUCUGACAAGUUGAAUGAUAUGAAACUAGCUAGUGGAUCUUCAUAG